GCAAGUACGUCGAGUCGUGUGGUGGCCUCGAAGCCGAUUGCGAACAUCGGGCAAAUGCGAUCGGCAGAGGAAGGCGGUGGUGUAGUUGGUGGAGGUGGUGUGGACGGGAAGAAACAGGCGAGUGAAGCGGUUAACGGGGCUGAAGCAGGAACGGAGAAGACGAUGGCUCGUAUUCGUAAGAGACCAAUGAAGCAGCCAGUGAUUCCGAGUGGGUUUUUCGAAUUUUGA